AUGAUCCCCAUGACAGUAAAGAUCUUACUACUGUGUGUUGCAGUAGUAUCAGCACAAAAUGUAAUCUUUGAAGACAACUUUGACAACAUUGACGGGUCUAAAUGGUUGUUUGAAGAAGGUAAUGGUCCAGGUGGAUGGGGUAAUGCUGAAUUGGAAUACUAUACUAAUAGACAAGAAAAUGCUAGAAUAGAAGAUGGACAUUUGGUGAUUGAAGCAAGAAGAGAAGACUAUGGUGGAUGCGCUUUUACAUCAGCCAGAAUGAUCACUCGAGGCAAUUUCGACUUUCAGUAAGGUUUUUUUGGCUUGUUAGUUCUUAUCUUAUAGGUCGCUUUAGGUUUUUUUCCAUAUCAACCACCUUCCCAGCGACGUCUUUGACCCUGUCUUUAAAACUUAGUGUUGUUUAACCUUUAAAUUUUAGUGUUGUCCAGAAACUACAUUAAAAACUGCCCUUUGCAGGUACGGUACCCUCGAAGCAAGAAUCAAAAUCCCCAACGUUCAAAACGGCCUAUGGCCAGCCUUUUGGCUCUUAGGGGCCGAAGGUUCAACUUGGCCAGAUCAAGGAGAAAUCGAUGUCCUUGAAUACGGCUCAGCAGAUUCCUUGAACCAAGGCAUUGGCAAUCGUAUGCUACAAGGCACCUUUCACUGGAGUAACAACGGUAAUCAAGCUGAUUACGGCAAGUCUAAAGUAAUGCCGAAUGACAUGAACGAUGGUUUUCAUACAUACAAAAUGGAGUGGAACGAACAGUUCAUCAUAAUGUAUGUAGAUGAUCAAGAGUAUGUCCGAAUUGACAUUACGCCAUUGGAUGUGUUCAAAAAACGGUUUUAUUUGAUAUUGAACUUGGCUGUUGGUGGAAAUUACCCAAAUAUUCAUGAUCCUAAUGCAAUCACUGCUGCACCUGGUCAAAUGUGGGUGGACUACAUUAAGGUUACUCAAUAA